AUGGACAAACCCCAUCCACUGAGCUGCAGCACUCUCAGACCAAACCUACCUGGCAGGCUCACCAUGCUCAGAUCACUCCAGCGACAUAUCUCUUGCGCACUGCUGCUCCUCUUUUCCUUCUCUAGCUUAGGGGAGAGCCGGCCUCACGUGGCCCACAAAGGUGCACCUGACGUGGAUAGAACCGACAGCCAGAGGGUUCUGUUUCUGGAGGCGGUAAAGACGGGGAUCCUCAGCUCGUUGGGUAUGGACAAGGAGCCAAGGCCAACCCAAAAGGCCUCGGAGGAAGAGCUGAGGGAGAUGUAUCAGCUCUACGGGGAAAAACUGAGAGAGAUGACAGGGAACUCCACCCAGGCGACGAGGGAAACCUCGCAGUCCACUUUGUCUACUGUGCUCUUUCCAGCUACAGUGGAGCCAAUAAAAGUACCUCAGAGGCGAGAGCAAACACAGUCUGGUCAAAGCAUGCAGUGGUUUAGAGCUGUUUUCCAUAAGAACCCCAACAUCCAGUCUGAACUGACACUAGCUCGGGCUGAGCUUCAGAUCUCCAGGCAGAUUUUAAACAAACCCACUUCAGUUCAGGCUGAGGUAAGACGAAAGAUUAAAGUGAAAGUCAACAGGAUGAAGCCGAUAAACUCUGUAGCCCUGACACACAUAAACUCACCAGUCCCUGCCAAUGUGUCAAGCACACAACAUGUAAUGCUGGACGUCAGCCCUGAGGUGGAGAAGUGGAUGAGGACCGAUGGCGGUCAGGCACUGGUUGUGGACGUAGGGAUCGCUGUUGGUAGAAAAGAUGCCCUGGAGGCAAAUCCAACCAUUUCUCUGGAAUUAGGCCUCACACAGCCCAAACCAGCCAGCAGGACAAGGCUGCCUCGCUCCAACAAGGAAGAUGACUGUGACGAAAGAGGAUGGUGCUGCCGGAAGUCUGUCACUGUGUCCUUCAAAGACAUCGGCUGGACGGACUGGGUGGUGGCCCCAGUCGAGUAUACCAUGCAUUUCUGUGACGGCACCUGCCCCCACAAUUACAAGCCUGCGAGCAUGCACACUCAGGUGAAGUCAAGACUGCACCAGAUUACCAAAGGAGAGACACCUCGCCCCUGCUGCGUGCCGUCAGAAUAUGAGCCAAUGGUUCUCAUGCACUAUGAUAGUAGGGGAAAGUUGAAGCUGACUCCCUUUGAUGACAUGAUUGUCAGUAAAUGUUACUGCGCCUGA